AUUCGCGCGUUCGCGCUCGCCGAAGAGGUCCAGGCCUCGCUCCCUGGUUCCCGCUCCCUCUUCCUCGGCGCCCCCGCCCCGUCCCUCGAGUCCGCUACCGCCGCCUCUUCCUCUUACCCGUUCGCCGCCAGCCCUUCUUGCCUCCCCCGCGUGUUCCUCGCCAUGGCGCUGCACCUCUACCACUUUCGCCCCCACAUCCUCGUCGCCACCGGUGGCCCCCCUGCCCUCCCCAGCUCCCUCGUCGCGCUUCUCAUGGGAUUCCCUUUCGUGAUCCAGGCCUCCACCAGGGCGCGUUUCUUCCCCACGGCAGGGCUAGUGGGGGAGGAGGGGACGGAGGUCGUGCUCGUGCUCGCUGGGACAGUGGGAUCACCGCAGAUCAAUGUGGCAGUGCUUAACAUGUAUUACGAGAUGCUGUCGAGAAGGAAAAAUAGGUACAUUAUAUGGCAGACGGGACCAGAGGAUUUAUGCGAGAUGGAGAGCCUCGUCAGGGACCAUCGCCGGCUGUUUCUGACACCAUUCUUGCAUGAAAUGGACAUGACAUAUGCUGCUACUGAUGUUGUCGUUUCUCGAGCUGGUUCUGUGGCUUGCACUGAGAUAUUAGUCACUGGGAAACCGGCAAUUCUGAUACCCUUACCCACAAUUGUGGAUGACCAUCAAACGAAAAAUGCAUAUAUCAUGGCAGAUGUCAUGGGAGCAAGGGUCAUUACAGAAGAUGAACUUGAUUCUAGUAGCCUAACAUGCAUUAUUGAUGAAAUUGUUGGUGAUGAGAAAUUGAUGGCAGAGAUGUCUCAGAAGGCAUUAAAUGCUGCUCGUCCAAAUGCUUCAGCUGAUAUUAUUAGUCACAUCUGUUCACUGAUUGGCUGAACCAACCUGACAUAAAUCUUGUUUUGCACAUCACUCGAACUCUUGUUUGCAGUAAUCCAUGCGCUAGUGUUAGUUGCUGGGAUGCUGUGCAGCAGAAUGGCAUCUCAUUCUUGAAUUCGAAACUGAAGAACUAAUAAUUAAUCUAUUUUGGUUCACUUGAA